AUGAUUGACAUUGAAAAAAUCUUUUCAUUCCAGAUUUUUUUCAUCUUUCUGCGAGAGUCUUUAGAGAUUAUUGUGAUCAUCUCGAUUCUGUUAACGGUGGUGAAGCAGGCUCUCUUCGAAAAAUCUCAGGCCGAUGACACCGGAUCCAGUCGGAGUCUAGCCGGGGGUGAUGCUGCACAACGGCUUACAGCUGAGGAAGAAGAAGUGUUGGAUGAAUCUACUGCAGUUCCAGAACCUCGUGACCAAAGUCCGAUCACAGAAAACGGUGGAGGUGGUGCAUCUAGUCACGUGACUGAUGUACCGAUGAACGGUUUACCAGGGGAAGGUGCCAACAACUAUCAAUUGUACAAGAAACUGAAGGUCCAGAUUCUCUCGGGCGGCAUUUUAGGGCUUUCAUGCUGCUUGUUAAUUGGCGGUGCCUUUAUCGUGACUUUUUACCUUGUCGGCGCAGAUCUGUGGUCCGCGAGCGAACAUUACUACGAAGGAGUUCUGAGCGUGGUAGCGUCUGUGAUAAUAUCGGUUAUGGGACUGUUCUUCUUGAGGAUGGGCAAAUUACGGGAAAAAUUUAGAGUGAAGCUUGCUUCAAUUAUUUACUCGAGGCGUGGGAGACUUUUGCACGAUCAAAGUGAGCGUGCGGUCAGAUUUACCGAAAAAUAUGCACUCUUCAUUCUUCCUUUCGUUACUUCACUUCGUGAGGGUCUCGAAGCGGUCGUAUUUGUCGGGGGCAUUGGUAUCGAUCAACCGCUCAGUUCAAUCCCGCUGUCCAUGGUAAGUGCGAUCGCUGUCAGUAGCAUUCUGGGCUAUUUUUUUUACAAGUCUUCGAAAUCGUUCUCGUUGCAAGUGUGUCUGGUUGUCACUACUUGUUUUCUCUACCUCAUUGCUUCGGGACUCUUUUCUAAGGGUGUAUGGCAAUUCGAAGUGCAAAGAUACGUUGAUCUCUGUAAUGGACAAGACAUGUCGGAAGUGGGCAGUGGUCCAGGAUCCUAUGAUAUUACAAGAUCGAUUUGGCACGUAAAUUGUUGUAAUGGCGAGCGUGACGGUUUAUGGAUGAUUUUCACGGCGGUGUUUGGAUGGACUAAUAGCGCCACUUACAGUUCGGUACUAAGUUACUGUCUUUAUUGGCUCCUUCUCAUUGGCAUCAUUAACAUUUUAUCUGUUGAGGAAAAGGUCGGUUACAUCCCUUACGUCCCUGUGGCUUUACAAAAAAAACGCAUACUCAAGAGGUUACACAUCGUUGAAAAAUCGCUUCAACUUCGUCAUCUGUCCGGCGGUCUUUCAUCCCUUCCAUCGGAUUGUUUAGAGAGAAGAAUUUCUAAGGAUAGUCAGACUAGCGCAUCACCUUUACUCGGAAAUGGGCAACAACAACAGCAGCAACAACAACAACAUCAUCAUCAUCAUCAUCAUGAUACAAUAGCAGAAAGUGUACCUCAUUAG